UUACGUUUUCAGAUGUCUUGGUCUAUUCUCGUAGGUGCUGAAGAACUUAUCCAUGUGAAUGCGCAGAUCAAGGCCUUCUCUUUGAUAAGGGAGCCUAUUGAUGUGUUUCCUGUAACUUGGAGCAUUGCAUCAAUGGGUGUUGGUCCUUCCUGUAACUAUGAGUGGGAACAUAUUGUAGUGCUUCCUGUAACUAGGAGCAUGGCAACAACAUAUUGUGGUGCUUCCUGUAACUAG